AUGUUUUAUUUCAAAACAAUACCUGUCCCUGUCCCUCUUAUUUGGCUGACAAUAAUUUCCGAGUUUCCUCCACGUGUUCUGUUAACACUCUGCUUUGCAUCAAUGAUAUUUCACGUACGCAGGCAUGAUCGGUCAGCACGCACCUUAGCAAAACAGUUACGUUUUAACCAUCAGAUGUCGUUUAAAAUCCUCCACGAUAGGUCUGCAGUAAUAAUGAUGGGUCUUGUGAUAGGAAUGUUUCUUGUUUGCUAUGGGAUGCAUCUGACUUGGCGCUGUGUAUUAAAGAAAAUAACAAAGUAAACUAAAGCCUACCACUUGACGUGCGUAACUCAUUCUUGUAGCAUGUAAGUCUUUAAUGAACGAGUGUGAAAGGCUGGAGCAAUUCAGUAAAAGACUAAUAAACGUGUGAGGCUUGGACUCAAAGCGAAUUGAAAUUUGGAAAAAAAGGCGCAUUAGGAGAGAAAACAAGAACCUUUGGACCCUCAGAGAAUACAAAAUAAGAGGGAAUUAGGACUUAGGACCAAGGUUCACAGGUGGUGUGACACGCAAGUUCUUAUUGGAUUGAACUUUUUAGUUUCACGUCAUGAGAGUAUAACUUUGUGUUCAUACCACGCUACCAAAGCCCGCUUUGCUUCACUUGCUCGAUUUUGGCAUACUCGAGCACGACGCUGCAUCAAUCGAGUAACAAAGGUAGCGUGAGCAUGUGCUGCUUGUUGCUUGGAUAUAGUUUGCCGGACCCAGGCUUAAUAGCCGUGCGCUUUGUACAGCAGAAUCAUCGGUUAUGACCAUCAGUUUGUUAAUUUCAGACUGAAACGGAUGCUCACACUCUGGAUACCAAUUUGACGAGAGAAAACAAGAUUGACAAGUUCAAAAGUUCGAGGUUCGGUGACGUCAUAAGGCUUGGCGCCAAUUUUCCUCCGCACUGAGGUUGUUCGCUCAAUAGUCUUCGUAAUCAACUCUGUUAACGGCGAUAGAUUCCUAGAAUUUACCCAAACCGAACUGAAAGAUUAACUGUUCGAUAUUAUUGUUAUAUGAAGUAAUUUCCUUGUUGAGAAAAACACAAGGAAAUGUAGUAGUUUUGUAAUCUUUCCGUGCAAGUCUAUUUCAGCUCAGUCCUGAUGGUGUGACUGAAGUUAAAAUGAUAAAAUCGUGUAAAGUGUAAAAUGACUUGUUAUGGAGAAAGAAAAGGUAGCUAUCAAAUGUGUCACCUUUUUCGCCCCGGUUACACGAACGUGAGGCUAAUUUUCCUUUAAAUUCCGCAGAAAUCAUGACAAAGAAAUUAAUAUUGGUUGCUAGGGAAGCCCAACUGGAGCGACGAGUUGCUUGUGGCUGGAACGAUAUUAAAAUCGUUGCAUGCCCAGUGGCCGGCCUUUUUAAUUAUUAAUGCACCUUUGUUGUAAUUUGUUGUAGACCUGUCGCAAUUUGUAAGAAAUAUGUCGGCCGAAAUUUAGGCUAAAGAGAAGGUACAUUUUUUUUAAUCAGCUAAGGUUUCGGUUAAUUCCAUCUGUUAGAACUGACAGGCCAGACUAGUUUAGUUGUAAAGAGAAUUUAAAUAAAGAUCCAGUCAGAUCAGAGCUAUUUAGAUUAAGAUCGGCAAUGUUGGAGUGUCCCUUUCCAUUUGACAAAAUUGUUGUCUCAAAUACGGCUCUUUUGUAGGAACAAUAACCAUUUGGUCGGGUCAACUCGAUGUAGUUCCACUGGGCAGGCAGAAUUUCCAACAUUUUAACCGGAAUUUUUGUUGUAUUGGAAGCGCCCAUUGGCUUUCAAUUACAGCACGCAACUAUCCUCAUUUUCCUACCAACUGUGUUAUUAUAGCUCGGUCAGUUACCUACUGCGCAUGCAAAACACAUAAUUAUUAGAAAUUACCAAGUUUAUGACAAAGUAGGACAAUAAAAAGGACUUCUGUCUAGUAACAUACAUCUGCCAGAGAAUAGCUCACAACCUCCUGACAUUUUUGCGAAGAGGAUAUUUUUCUUUUAUCUGUAGUUAAUAAGUACGGAUGGAGACCGGGUUUUGGAUUCUUGGAUUGGUUCUUUCGUUUCUUGCCAUCACUGGAAAUGGAUUUAUAAUCUUCCUCGUCUGCAGCAGACGAAAUCUCCGCACCAAAACCAACGCGUUUAUUGUUUCACUUGCAGUAGCGGAUUUCUGUGUUGGUUUGAGCGUUGUUCCUUCUUUGUUCGCAUGCGACGUUACAAGCACCUGUGACUGGCCUCAGGUUUUUCUUUCAUGGAAAGAUGUCGUAAGGUGGCUGUUUAGCUACUUGUCUGUUUUAAACUUGUGUUCUCUGGUGCUCGACCGUUAUAUCGCCAUCGUAAAGCCUUUUAAGUACUUAACUUUUAUGAGUCGAUCUCGUGUUAUUCAAGUGAUAACUUCCUGUUGGAUAGCGUCAUUUACGUUGGUUGCGUUCAAGACCGCACUUCGGCUUUGCUGUGAGACCCCUCUGACCAGUAUCGUUGCAGUUGUGGUUUUAAUGAUUUCCAUGGAAAUCGUUCCAUGCGUUCUGCAGAUACUCUGUUUUGUGUCAAUGUUAAUUCAUGUAAGGAAACAAGAUCGGUCAGCAUGCAACCUAGGACGGAUAUCUUUUAAAACCCAUAACGAGAAGUCUGCAGUAAUAAUGAUGGGUAUUGUGAUAGGAGUGUUUGUUGUGUGCUACGGAAUAUACUUACGUUGUAGUUUAGUAGUACUAUCCGACACAAAAGCAUCAUGUAAAGAUGAUCAAUACAAAAUUCCUGUAUUGGUUUUAAACUCGGCCAUUAACCCAAUGUCUUAUGCUUUUUUCAAAAGAGACAUAAAGAAAGAGUUUAAAAGGCUUAUCAGUCAGGUGGUUUUUUUUAAGCGGAAAAGUAACCGAGUAGAACCUUCCACUUGAUCAUUUUUGAAGGACAUAGAUCUUAAUAUUAGUUGGCAGAACUGCCUUUGAUAGCGGAUUGUGUCAGGCAUCGCAGGCGGCAGUUUUGGGGACUGCAAAUCCCUGGCGGUUUGUCUCAAAUCAUAGUUUGGAAGUACUGGUGUUUAAGGAGGGUACAAGAACCAAUACAAAGGACGAUGAGAAUACAAUCCAAAAGAGACCUUACUAUCCGAAAACAGAGACGCCAAUGAAUACGUCGCUGAAAAAUAGACUUCGCGUCCAAUGAAACUUUUUCGCCGUCAUACCAAGUCGCCCAGUGAAUUGAAAGUACGUUGACAUGUGUUAGGUUGGAACUGAAUAUUGGAGGCCCCGUUUCAGAGAGAAAUAGUAAAUAAAUUUAUCGCCUUGUCGUUCCAGUUCUUAAGCCCGUCAACUAAAAAAAAUUGACUAUUCCACGUUGUAGUUGUGUAGGGACAACGAAGAAAUGUAAAGAAAAGCUUGAUGCACGUGCCGCCAGAACUGUCGUUUUGCUCACUCAAGCCUUUUGUAUUUUAGGCGUUCUCCUUGCCGUCGCCGUCGUAGUUUCGUAAGGUCCCUACAUAAGUCAGAUGCUCUUGAAACGGCGAUUCCGAGGUAUAGACGAAAUUUCUAAUUGAAACUUUUUGUUUCAAACCAAAUUAAAGUAUUUCUUUUUCCUUACUUCAUUUUCCACAUUAAUUAUUGUAGUCAACUCUUUUAAGUAGUUUCCUAGAAUUUAAACAAGCAUGAAGUAUUAGACGUUUUUGUUUUUGUACUGGAAAAGAAUUGUAUUAUUUUUUCCUUUCCCUGAAAACUGAUAGUUUUUACUAUCAUUCCUCAGUCCAUGCCAGGUGUGAAUUAAAUAUUAAAAACUUUAGGGCACGAUCUGUAUGAUACAUACAGGCAACAUGGAUAAUUUUUUUCAGAUUCCCAUUGAUCCCUAUGGUGCGGUGAAAAGUCAUCUUUUUCUUCAAACAAGUUUUAACGUAGUUUUGCCUUAAGUUUAGAGAACGUCUUUGGACGAUUUUGUAAUAAUUUGUAAUAUCCGUCUUGAUUUGCAGUACGUAGUAGCUGUUCUAAUUAGCAUUCAGAAGGAUCCUCAAUUGCUUUCCUGUCAUGUUCAGGGGUCUCCGUACCAAUGAAAAUAAAGCUAAAUAAGUUGACUGAAAACAGGUAUUGCAAAAACGAAACAUAAUUAAUGCAAAUAAACUAUUGCAAAGAGAUCUAUUUCUGCGUCUCACAUGAUGAAAAGUGACGCUAAAGUUAUUGCCAUCUGGAUAACACCCUCCGAGAUCUGCUUAAUUCUUCAUAUCCCACGAAAGCCGAAUUCAUUAAUUGCUUUAUUAUUCAUUCAAAAUAAUUCCUAGUUUAAAAACAUAGCUAAAACAUGCUUACUUGCAUCGACGUUAAGUUUAUCUUCGAUAGUGUGCGUUCAGGUUUGUCCAGCUCCGCAAAUAUUCUCCAAAUAGCAGCCCAGUGUCUGUUUUUGCUAUGUUUUAGCCAUUAUUUUGCCUAGUGCCAGCUGUAGUUCUUACUCUUGAAAAAAGUGAAGUGUCCGCCAUUUUAGAUUUCACAACGAAAACAACUCAACCUCGUCCCCAGGUCUUCUCGGUUAACGGUGCAUUAACCUGUAGAGGGCUGCAUUUUUGACGUCAUUUCCUCGUUAAACUCAAAAUUCUUCCAAAUUUGGUCAUCAGUAACUGGUUAUGGUGAAUUAUGUGUGUGCUUUUAGCCAAUCAGAAUUAGGGAAAUAUUUUGAAUGAAUAAUAAUCAAACUUAAGAAGUAUCCCUUGUAAAAAUAUCCAGUCUAGCCAUCUUAAGUUUCCUUAUUAGCUAACGCUGUCGUACUAGUUUGCCUUUUGAUGUUUGAGUCUCUCAAACCAAAGUUGAGAGUGUGAAUGGGGUUAACCGACCAGGGACAAAGGGUGAAAAAUACUACCGACUACCGACAAAACGAGAAAAAAAAAAUUACUGACUACCGACAGAAAAAAAAAAUUAACCGACUACCGACAUGGACCGCCAAUAUCGAUAUUUGUUUUCAGAAAGAAGAGAUCAGAAGAGCUUUUUGUAUUUUUUCUUGCUUGCGAAGUAACCACAUUAAAGGUACAGUUGGCUCCCGAUAACUCGAACCUUCAAGGGAAAUCUAAAAAAGGUUCGAGUUAUCAGGAGUUCGAGUUAUCGGGAUUCCGAAGAAAAUAGCCGAGAGUAAGGUAAAAGGCAGUUUUUACUGCACAGCGAACAUUUUAAUCCCAUUUAAUUGUAGAAAUGUUAAGUGAAAAUUGAAAGAUACUUCUAGAUUAUAAAUCAGAACGUAACGUAACAAAACAUAGCCUAAAUAGAGCAUGCGUUUUACUGUUUUGAGAAGAAAAGCUGCUUCACGUUAGUCUGUGACAAUCAACAGCAGCCUCCACAAGUAAACUAUACUCCUACAACACGUCAAUAGGAAAUCCAAAAUUCAAUGUUUCGGACGCCCGUAGACGGCUUUUCCCCGACCUUUUAAGGACUCAAAACAUGGUUCCAGUUAUCGAUGGUUAAAUUAGUAUAGGUAAUAGCAUGAUUUGUAGUGAUAUUUGACAUAAAUACCACGAGUGCACGAGUGAUAUUUCGAAAUUGUUAUACGUAAUUUCACGAGCCGUUAGGCGAGUGAAAUUUGAGACAAUUUUGAAAUAUCACAAGUGGUAUUUAGGCCAAAUAUCAAGUACAAAUCAUGCUAUUAGUUGUUUAUACUACUACCCACAAAAGGUUUGUAAUUUUCACAUGUAGGUAUUUCAAAUUAAGCUGAAAUACCACUGCUCUAAGCCAAUCAAAUUGCAGAAAUUUCUGAUGUAGUAGUAUAUUAUAGAAAAUGAUCUGAGGGGAAACGGAAAUUGUUUCGAGUUAGCGGGAGUUCAAGUUAUCGAGGGUUCGAGUUACCGAGGAUAAAAUUACAGUGAAUGUAUGACGGAAAUCCAGGGGUUAUCGAUUUUGGUUCGAGUUAGCGCGAGGUUCAAGUUAGCGAGGGUUCGAGUUAUCGGGAGUGGACUGUAAUUAUAGAAUUUCCUGUCAUCUUCUUUCUUUUUGGCCGGGAGAGCGCUGGAUCAUUUUGCAGAACAAUUUCCGGUACUCGAGCCCACGAAACCUCCCGCUGUAAUAUUUCAACCACGUUGUCUGUCCAGCCAUGAGUGGAAUCAUAAAAGUAUAGUGAGUUUUUUCCAAAAGGUCGAAAAAGUCACAAUCGAACGCCACCGUAGCCGUGUUCCGGUCGACAAAAAAACAAAAAAAACACAAGAGUAUUCGAAUUUAAAAAACAUCAGACAAAUAUUUCAAGUUACAAGUUUUACACGUUAUAUGGGACUCAAAGUCUUAAAACUAGGUAAAUUUUAAAACAAACAAUAAUAAUUAACAUGCAUUUUUAAUUAUUAACUGAGAUUUACCGACAACCGACAAAGAUCGAAAUUUUAACCGACUACCGACAAAGUGACUGAAUUUUAACCGACAACCGACAAGUGGACCCCCCAUUCAGACCCUCAAAGUUCCUUUCCUUGAGUCGACUUGGUGUUUGCUUUUUCACCCAUAAGUUUUAAAUUGUUGUCCAUUGGUAAAAAGGGCAAAAAUAAAAUAAAAGUUUUCGUAAAAUCACAGUGAAAGGACGUACAUAAGUCAUAGCCUUUCAAAAUUUAGAACCAUAGGAGAAGCGAAAUUGUCCUUUUUCAUAGUUCAAAUCGGUACUUUCUCGGCUUUUAUCGAUUUUUAUUGUGGUUUCGCGGUUUAGAAGUAACGUCGAUAAAAUGAUAGGUCAAAGAAAAGUCCUCUCCGGGACCACGAGUUUCAAAACAGUUUGCUUUGAUUUUUUUAGACUUAAGUGUUCUUAAGAGCCAAUGUCUGUAAUUUUCGAGAAUCGGUUGACAGUCGUGAAUUUUUGAAUGUCUUCAUAUUUUGCUCAAAUAAUCUCUAUAGUACACUAGUUUCAAAAAUCACCUUAAAACUUGUAACAGCUUUUUAUUUUUUCAGGAAUCAGGUAAAGUUUGAAAUACUCUAAAUCGGCGCUCUUUCGAGUAUGAAAUUUGCGAAAAUUGAGCAUUUUCCUCCCUGCUCGUACAUAAAAACGGAAUAAUAUCUCUUGAUGAAAUCAAGUCACAAAACAGACACACAUUUUUACUUUAUAAUUCAGCAAUUAACUUUAAAUGAACCGUUUAAAUGAGACUGUACCGGCCGCAAGAAGAAACACGGUUUCAGCACUUUUCAAAAAUGGCAAAUUUGACCUAACUUCACCAUCGUAAAAACCCACUUGGUACGUGCAAUUUCAGUAUGAAAGAUAAACUGUAUUAAAGCAUAUCCUUUGCCGUUGUUUGUGUUAAAAUAUUUCUGGCGGGAUUCCAAAUGCGCACCGUCGAGAGACCAAAACCUGAAGGGUAUUUUGACACCAGGAAAGCGCGUGCAACAAGCAAGUUUCGACGCUUGGAAUAUUAAUCCUUUGCAAACAUAAGUUACUUCGACAUUUAAACCCUAGUCAGAGUUGUAACGGUUUCAGAUUAUAUUUCGGCGUUUCUGUCCGCGGUUUAACAUGAUUCCUUUCAACUGAUUUUUGCGAUAAACCAUAAUGAAGAGACACGAAUACGCAGUUCAAAUCAAAGUUCGUAGAGAGGAAUAUUGUCAAAAUACUCGCUUGUUAUAGUUUAAAUCGUAUUGAAACCUUAAAAUCAGAAAAGUUAUUUACUUACCUGAACUUAAAUGCUAGACGGGGUCACAGUACCGCUAACUAAAUUCUGCAUCAAGGCAGAUUCAAAGUUAAGUUUGUGUAUGUUUUCAAUCUGUCAACACGAGGAAAGAUAACAUUCCGGAAGUGCGUGACGCGUAACGCGCCGGAAAAGAAAUUGCUGGUAUACGUGUUUUACGGUGCAAGUCUUUGUUGUAUGUUCGUAUAGCAUCUCGCAUAUAUUCAAACUUGGUUUGUGGCGCCUGUGGCCCCAGUAAUACUGAAUGUAUUGCGAUCAUAGAAAAGAUGUCGUGAGUCACUGGGUAUGCUCCUGACUUGUUAGUCACGUGAGUAUGUUAAUGAUAGAAGUAAGGUUUUCUGCAUUUACGUUAGGUGACCUUUGUUUGAUCCACGAAAUUGGCGCAUGAACUUAAGAGUUUUUCCUCACCACCGCUAAAUGUUUGGUUCUGGGUGGCGGUGCAACAAAUCACGUGGUACCGUUCUAGAUCAGGCUACUGGCUGCUCAUAGAGGGGUCCAUAAAGGCACAUUGAUUGAUGACUCUGUAUGGCCUGAAGGAAAUGAUUUACGCAGACGUUUUCUGAGCGACGAAGGUGCAGCUUUUACACUCCUUUUUCGAAAAUAGACGAGCACUCAAGCGAAGCGAGCGCGCGAGAGAGAGCCCCUUGCGCUAAUAGUCAAUAAAUCCCAUGCGGUUUUUAUUUUCAUACGCGAAAAUCGACGAUCAAAGAGAAAAUAGAUCGACGAUCUCUAAAGAAAAAGUAGGGGGUCUGUGAACAGGCUACGAAAGUGCUUGCUAUUAUUUUAGUGAACUUUACAAGAGGUCUCAGGUGACUUUGCUAACGUCAUGAAAAGUCUACUUAGCUUGUUUAAGUUUAGCUAGGGCAAGAGGAGGAGAUGGGUGGGUUGGUACACAUACAAAAAUUCAAGUCUUUAUCACUCCACUGAGAGCUAACAGACUUUGUUUGAUCCACAAAAUUGGCGCAUGAAAAUAGAAGUUUUUACUCACCACCGCUAAAUGUUUGGUUUCGGGUGGCGGAGCACAAAUCACGUUGUACCGUUCCAGAACUGCCUACUGUCUGCUCCUUUAAAAGGGGUCCGUAAGGGCACAUUAAUUAAUGACUCUGCGCGGCCUGAAGAAAAUGAUAUACGCAGACGUUUUCUGAGCGACGAAGGUUCAGUCUUUACACUUCUUUUUCUUUUCGAAAAUGGCCACGGACUUCUCCCCUCGCCCUUUGCUGCUAGGCAGUCGUUUUUGCCUGAGGGAUACCACCACGAAGGAGUUUUAGCACACAGGUCUCUGCUGGUGCAGACCUAGCGAAAAGGGCAUUCUCCAACUGAAAUUUUAAAUCGAUAUGAAAGGCUAUUUUCUGAUUUGGUUAAAAGUUGAUAAGUAAAAUGGCUGAGACAUUUUAAAGCAUUUUUUCAUUUAGGCGACGGAUUUUGACGUUAUGAAAAAGAACUUGUCAGUGAAUUGGUUUAUUUUCUAGCCUGCGAACAAGUGCCGGGGGGUGGUGGCGGAGAGAGCCAGGUGACUAUUCCUUUUUUUAAGCGGGAGCUAGCAUGUACGUGCAUUCUGGUCUAACGCCAUAAUGUGUAGACUGGCCUUUAAGCGGGGGGGAGAUCAGAUCGUCAACAGCAGGUUGAGGUCUAGCCAGAAGAUACCUUUGCUGCAGAGGAGCAAAGCAAUACUACUUUCAGUAAUUUAAACAUGUUAAAUACUUGUAUUUCGCUCAUUAAAUGUGUCCAUUGUCCAAUGUCGAUUUGUGGUUUUUCAGGAAUGUUCUUUUGCGGAGCAUUGGACAAUUUUUCUUAAACCAGUUUUUUACUCGUUUCCAUUUCCCUGCUCUACCUUCAUGCUGCAUAUGGUGUACGUGUGUACCUCAAUUCAUACUGAGGUGAUCGAUAGAGAAGUCUAUACGCCAAGCGGGGUUAAGAUUAGUUAAUAAAAACCAAAGGCUCAGAAGGCUAAGUGCAAUGAAAAGAAAACUAGUGUGAAACGUUUUGCAGACUCGGCUUACUCUAUUUGUUUUCUUUCUCUGUUUGAGUUUGGGCUUGUGCAUCCUAAAAUCAAGUUUAGUUCGACCUGUUUUGGGGAAUAUAAAAUAAAAAAAUAAAAAAAAAACAGUGUUAAUUGUCAUUUUAUUUUUUCUUGUACACUCGUGCGAUGAUUUAUCCUUGUCUGUACAGUUGCGUGACAAGACUCAAAUCACACACGGGCUUUCAUCACGCAACACAGGGUUUAGUCCGUGGCUAAACGACGGAAGAUUUCAGUAAACUGCGGCCACUUGCAGUUGAAACGACUGGUAACUAAAUUCUUAUAGAUCUCGUAUCUCAUUUAGAGCUAGCAAGCCGUUUCUAGCGGCUUCAUUUUAGGUGCAGAAACUCGAGGUCAAUAUUUACACUCAACACGAAAUUAGCAGCCAGAGCAGCGCUGUCUUUUUCAGCUACUUGCGUGCAAUCAAAUGCAGGGUUAAUCUACUUAGUUCUUUUUUAUUACCAUCAAAUUGAAAAGUGUUUUUCAAAAGAUUUUAAGAGCUUCCCGUAAUGUGCCCCUUGUAAAAGAAGUUAAGUUUGCAAAAACGUUUGUGUGCUUACACUUGCGGCUAGUUUGUUGCAGCGUUCCAACGUGCGAAACUACCCUGCACGUUUCGGUGUCUCAGCGACGCACUUUUGUAAUGCCGCCAAAAAUUUUUUAACACAAGAAACGGCAAAGAAUGUACUUUAAAAUAGUGUUUGUUUCAUGUUGAAAUUCUAUGUACCAAUUGGGUUUUUUUGAUGGUGAAGUUAGGUCAAAUUUGCCAUUUUUGUAAAGAGCCGAAAUCGUGUUUCUUCUUGCGGCCGACACAGUCACAUUUAAACAGCUUAUCUGAAGAUAAUUGCUGAAUUAUAAAGUACAAGUCUGUGUUUGCUUUGUGACUUGAUUUCAUUGAGAGAUAUCAUCCCGUUUAUAUGUACGAGCGCCAAGAAAAUGCUUAAUUUUCGCUAAUUUCAUACUCGAAAGAGCGCCGAUUUAGCGUUUUUCAAACUUUGCCCGAUUCAGGAAAAAAUAAAAAGCCGUUACAAGUUUUAAUGUGAUUUUUGAAAUAAGUGUAUUAUACAGAUUAUUUGGGCAAAAUAUGAAGAAAUUCAAAAAUUCACGACUGUCAACCGAUUCUCGGAAAUUACAGACAUUGGCUCUUAAGUCGUUGACUAUAAAGGACUCUUAAGAAAACAAAUAUUACUAAGACAUUACAGCCUAUAGAAAAGCUGCGCAAAAACGGCAUGAGCCCAGUGGAUAGUGUAGGACCUUAAUAUGGGACCCAGGUCUUGCGAAUGGGACAAUUAACAGACUGAAAAAAAUGUUAAUAUAUCGAACAUGGGCUAUUUAUUUUGUCACUAGACUAUAUUUGUUUGUUAGAUUAUUAUAUGUAAAAUAUCCAAAUUCUAUUCUUUCUAAUUGGUCCAAAAUCAAACCGUAUAACAUAGUUCCAUCUCAUCCGGUCAAUUUGUCAAUAAUUUGAUGAAAUCAAAAUAUAAUAAUGCAAUUCCCAAUUUAAGGCGAGGACUACGUUUUCCUCUGCUCUGAUAAGUAUCCAAGUCACAAUUCUCUCAAGGCAUUGCAAUAAAGAGGAGUCCCGAGAUUUCUUUACUUGAGGAUAUUUCAUCGGUUUAUUCUACCCUCAGGGUUCUCAUUUCUACAAAGUUUUACGAGUGAUUUAAAUAAAACGUAAGCGAUACCGGUAGUGAACGAAACGCCCUCUGGUUAUAAGUGAAAAAAAGUGAAUGGAACUACGUCCGCAUCCCCAUUAGGACGACUUUAAUUAACCCAGUGGCCCUGUUACUAGGGUUUAUUUUUCAUGCAUUGUUACGUAAUGAAUACUGUGGCGAUCAACUGAAGAGUUCGUUAGACGAAACUAGUUUUGUGAGUCGCCAUAUAAAUUUAACAGUGUGUUGAAAGUGGAAACAAAUUGGGUCUUUUUCUCUUGUAUAUUGAAAUAAUGUUACGUAACACUUUCUUAUGUUCGACAAACAAAAUUUCACAGCCGCUGUAGUUCACUUUGGGUUUUAUAAUUCAAGGCCAUUUAUAAUAGCCCCUGCAUUAAUAAUACUUCCCUUUCUUUUCUUACUAGGAGUAAUCGGAGCUUAGGAGAGUGCGUUCGAUAUGUUUGUUAGGCGAACCGUAACAGUUGAGGGGGAAGGGUGGUUGCGAUAUAGAUAAAUAUGAUUAUGGUAUAUUUUGAACGAAAGGGUUGCGUACAGCGAAACCUCUAUUUAAACUGUGUAUCACGUUAUAAGAAGGUUUUGAAAAGAUGUCGUAUGGUUCGGUGUCAAGUGCUUGUAAUCGGAGGAGACAUUGGCUAGAGUGCGUCGGGCGUGUAAAUAGAACAUUUUGUUUUACUGGCGUGAGUUACAGGGCGCAGUUGCUAAGGCCGAUUAGUGCUUAACCCGGGAUUCUUUUUCUUUCUUCAAAAACAUUUCUUCGGAUAAUUUCCUCUGUUAUUUUUAAGAGCAUCUAAUCAUCAACUUAUUGACAAAAUGAAUUACAUUGAAUUUACUGUUUUAAAAGCUUUCACAUCUGAAUUCAAACUUCGCACUAACCCUGUCAAAGCCUUCAAUGGAACGUGUGUGCGGCUCACGUCAAUGACUUUUCCAGUAAUUUGGUCGAGCGUGUUGAUUUCAGUGACUAGAGAGUGAUUUGUAAGUUUUUCCUAAUAAAUAACAUAGAGUUAAAGUGUUCGUUUGUCCGGUGCCGAAAUAUCACAAGUCAUGAUCAAAUGGCGCCGCCGAGCUGUUGAUUUACUAGGGAGUUUAAGCAAAUCGCUACGGCGACCGGAAGUAAAAAAGCCCCGAAAUGACGCAGUGCGCAUGCUUGGAAAUGACCUUUCUCCGUAGCGCCAAAUCCUGCGACGUGAAGAGCUGUCUUCUGGCGUAGUCGCUACUACGUGAGUAUGAAAGUCGACUCUUCUCCUAUUUUUCACGAUCACUGGUUUUAAUAGCUAUCAAAGAUUGUUUUUCACUUUAUCAAGAAAGUAUUCGAGGUUUCUGGUUUUUCCAGUGAACGUUUUCCUUCCGUUUUCUCAGUUUGAGAUUUCGAUCCUCAAGCGAGUGUGCCAUGAGUUCUAUGCCGCGCCAUGGCCGCAGAAAAUCCGCCAGUACAAACAAAGGCUAGACGAAAACCGUAAGCACGACUGUUAGCAAUAAAGCUAAAUGUCAUUGAAGGUUGUUUAAACAAGAAUAGAAUAGAAUAUCUAAAACACUGAAUUUGUUGAUUUGUUGUUAAAUGCGGUACACAAGAAGAAACAUCACUAGCAGCUUACUCCGAUCUUCAACUGUAGUUUUAUGUUUUGUGUACGAAUCGCCCUCUGAUGAUGUUUACUAUCAAUAUUCUUCUUAAUAAUAUACAAUACAAUAAUAUACAAUAUUAAUAGAGCGCUAAUUCCAAAUGGUCCAAAACGAAAUUUUUAAAUUGGCCGUUUUCUUACUUGACCACGUGCAUCAUUGUAUUCUGUUGUUGAUAAAUUAUAGCGAAAAAGCAAGUGAGCAAUUCAAGAACCGAGCUUGAACAUUGGCAAGCUGCGAGACGUUCUCUCCCCGGGACAUCGCAUCCACGACCGCCGUAAUAGAGGUCGCCGUAGCGAUUUGCUUAAACUCCGAUCCCUACUUUGUGGCACAACGGCUGCCGAGCUACUAACACAACUCGGUAGAUUUACUUUGUGGCACAACGGCCGCCGAACUAGACCCGGUUUGAUGCAUGCACCAGGAGUCGCAGACAUUUUCCAAAGACAGUGGUGAACCAUGCUGAAAAAUAUCAAGGCUUAAUCCGAAGUAAAAUUUAACAGCAAACUUCUGAAAGAUGAACGUUUUGGACGAUUCAGCAAACACAGAUCGAUGUACGCUUUACGAAGAUUCAGCAAACUUUUUAAAAGAUGAACGCUUUACUAAGACAGAAUAUCAGACCUCAGCAAAUCUUUGAAAGAUGAACGCCGAGGACACAAGAAUCACCACACGAGUUAGCGCGUGAAAGCUAGGCAAAACGUAAGCAAGCGCCUCAAAGCAAUGCAAAUGUGUGUCGACGACGACGAAAAUGCAAUCUCAAUAAUGCACAGGACACUGAACACAAAUUAGGGCUUGCGUUCUCGUACCUCGAACGCAAUAAUGCUCCAGCUGGUACUUUACUACAUCAUAGAAAUACACUAGCUAUUUUUCUCAUCAGCGUGCUCGAUGGGAAUACUAUUUAUAACAGCUAGAAUAUUCGCCUAUUUAAAUUCAAUAGGGCGCGCGUGCUUCAUAUUCCUAUUGAGCACGCUGAAGACGUCUUACUCAGUAAACUGUAUACCUCGAGUUCUUGUGAGCUUAGCAAUCCUCCCAAGACGUCUCUCAAGUGCAUCCAUAGCUCAACAGUACACGAUAAAGCGUUAACCAUGUGUUUUAUAACGAAAAUUUAAGAGAAAACGUUUGAAUUUGAUAAUCGAUAAUAGGGAAAAGAGGUGAGUGUUGUUGUUGUUGUCAUCUGUGCGAGCUGUACGGGCUAUGACGUGUGCAAAUCAUUCUUUGCAAAGUUGUUUCUUUCAAAAAGAAUUUUUUGGUGAAUCAAUACUCUGCAUACGCACGCUGACGCAUGAACUAAGGGAGUGGUCAUUAACUACUGGGGGCCGGGGGAGGGCUGGUAAAUUUUGGAGGAGGGCCGCCCAUUUAGGGAGGGCUAAAAUUUUCUGAGCCCGCAUUAAGGGGAGGGCUACAAUUUCUCUGGGCGCCUUUGGGCGAUGUGCGCGUACAAUUAAAUGGGUUUUGUGCUAGUGAAAUAUUCAGCACUGCUUGAAUUGACGAUAGGCGUGCAAGUAAUAUUAACAGAAUUGCAUACUCAAUACUGAAUCACACGGUUAAAAAGCAUUCUGAUUGGCUGGAGAUGGGCAGUGACUUCUCGCGGAAUCGCUUCUAAUUUGCUUGACUUUGAAAUGGCUUUGAAAACAGCGCACGGUUUUAGUUUGGCUUUGUUGUUUAAUCAACGCCAUCGUCAUGUGAUUUUCCUGUAUUAUAAUAUAUCUGAAUGGCAGAUAAUUUCAUGAAAGCCCUUCUUAAAACGAGCCACGAUCACAAGUGCACGGAUAGUUGAUGAUAUGUUAUUAUAACUGAAAAUGUAUUUUUUCAUGUUAUGACUGGUACUCGAUUUGCAUUUGUUUGUUUGUUUGUUUUUUUUUUUAACUCAUAGUGGUCCAGUUUAUACUAAUCCUUUUACAAAACUCACUAAGUCUUAAACAGUAACAGGAACAGAAUGUUUUUCUUUUUCAAUAAAUGCAACAUAGACCACGCAAUAUGACCGAACUUGCAGGACCUGGAGGGGUAGAGCAAGAGCUGCGGACUUUCCCUGAAUAGAGACAAUUUUCCUCUUGCUAUUCGCUGAUAAGUUAUUAUGCACAAUUUAUUCACUCUUCAAGUUGAGUAGAAGACAGGAAUUCAAUAAGUGACAGUGGGACUGUCCAUGGGUUUCUUUACUUGGUGCAGCAUAAAUGAGUUUUGUAAAUAUUGUGAAUACUAACACUUUUUUUUACUCCAAUCCAAAAAUUGUCUCAAAGUUACGCUCAUAUGGAUUCUCACGAUGCAACAUUUGAAUACUCAAAAUGUUAUUACAUGGGAGGGUUACAAUUUUUUGGGCACACAUUUUUGGAGGGGGUAGGAUUUUUGGGCUGUUAACCUAAGAGGGGGUAAAAUUUUUGGGACCCCGCUUUUGAAAUAAUAGCACCCCCCCCCCAAUAGUUAAUGACCGCUCCCUAAUUGUUAAAUUGUUAUCCGUCGUGUUUUAUAGUCUUCGGCAGUAAUUAGUUCUGCUAUUUCAUUUUCUUCGCAAAACGUGCCAAAAAUUUUCCGCCAUUUUUUUUUAUAAUUAUUUGUUUAAUUGUGUAAAUUAUCUAAAUAUGUAAACAGUUGUCUUUAUUAUCUCUUCUAUCUCUUUAUAUCUUUAUUAUCUCUUUAUAUCUCUCUAUCUCUUUAUUGGUCAAGAGGUGAAGAGAAUCAACAUAAAAUCGUCAGAGGUCUAUAAACUCACUAUAGCAAGCUUUUAGUUAUAGGGAGAAAGGCAAAAAUGCAUUUUUUUAUUACAGCUAUCAAAAUUUGUCAUACUCAUAUUCGCCCCACUCAAACGAGCGAAACUAUUUUUUCUGUGGAUUCUUUAAACUUUGUGAUAAAGGAACUCGGUGGACAACCUAAUCCCCGGAAGGAGGGUACUUCCACAUGGUAUAUAUUGUGACGUUUUGUAGGGUAUGGUUUUCGAGCAUGCAGUUAAGUCUGGGAUUGGGUAUAGAAAUCAGAGAGCAAUUCUUGUAUAGGGAGGUAUUUGGGAAGUUUAGUUUAGUACAGUGAGCAAAAUUCAGCUGAACCAGGAGUAUAGGCUAGGUUUUCCAGGGUCCCACCGUCACAUUACCACCCGAAAAAUUUCUCAAGAACCCGCUGGUUUAUGCUUUUUUUAAAAGACAAAAAAGAGACAUAAAGAAAGAGUUCAAAAGACUUUUCGGCGCUGAGUUUUAAAGAAAAUAACAAAGUUAACUAAAGCCUACCACUUGACGUGCGUUACUCAUUCUUGUAGGAUGUAGGUCUUAUAUGAACGAAUGCAAAAGGCUUGAGCUACGACUGAUAAAUCUGUGAUGCUUAGACUCAAAGCGAAUUGAAAUUUGGAAAAAUGGCGCAUUAGGAGAGAAAACAAGAACCUUUAUUUGGAGCCUCAGAGAAUAUCUAUAACAUUAGGGAAAGGACUUAAUAUCAAGGUUCACAGGUGGUUUGAGACGCAAGUUUUUACCGGCUGCUACCAAAGCCCGCACACUGGCUGCUACGAAAGCCCGCUUUGCUUCGCUUGCUUGAUUUUGGCAAACUCGAGCAAGACUCUACAUCAAUCGAGUAACAGAAAUAGCGUGAGCAUGCAUGGAUACAGUUCGAACCCAGGCUUAAUAGCCGUGCGCUUUCGGCCUCAUCGGUUACGACCAUCGGUUUUUCAAUCUGAAACGGAUGCUUGCACUCUGAAUACCAGUUUGACGAGAGAAAACAAAAUUGACAAGUUCAGAAGUUCGAGGUUUGGUGACUUUAAUAAAAGGCUUGGCGCCAAUUUUCCUCCGCACUGAGGUUGUUCGUUAAAUAGUCUUCGUAAUCAACUCUGUUAACGGCGAUAGAUUCCUAGAAUUUACUGAACCGAACUGAAAGAUUAACUGUACGAUAUUCUUGUUAUAUGAAAUAAUUUCCUUCUGAGAAAAACAUAAAGAAAUGUAAGAGUUUUGUAAUCUUUCCGUGCAAGUUCAUUUCAGUUUAGUCUGCAGGUGUGACUUGAAAUGAAAAAAAUGCACAAUAAUUAUGACUUAUCAUAUGGAAAAAGGACUCUAGCUAUCAAAUUUAUCACUUUUUUCGCCCCGGUUACACAAACGCAAGGCUAAUUUUCGUCAUCUAUAUCUAUAUAUAUAUAUAUAUAUAUAUUGAAAGGAUUAUAAAAAACAAGGUUUUAUAAAUAAUUAAUAAAGGUUUUUACAAGAAUUUUGUGAAGAGGGUGUUUUUUCCACAGUUGAACUGCCUUAAAAAACGUAGCGACAUUGUGUUUCUGUUGCACAUCGUGAUCAGCUUUAUUUAUUAACUGAAAACCUUUGCAUAAUUAUUCUAUUUAGUAUGGCUAGAGCUGUUUUUACCUGUUUUAAUUUCGUUUGCAUGUAAUAUUUUAUUAAACGGGACAGACUAGGCAGAUUACCGUGAUGCAGUGCUGGCUCAUAUCUGUCUUCUUUUUUUUUUUCUCGCUUAGGAAUGGUUAACGACAACGGUGGAAACGUUCUCAGGCAAAUUUAGUAACGCGCUGUACGUGAUAUUAGAGACAGUCUUUUUUUUUAUUAAUGCACUUUUGUCGUAAUUUGUAGUAAACCUGUCACAAUUUGUAAGAAACAUGUGCCGCAAUUUAGACUAAAGUGAAGGUUCCUUUAAUUAUAUCAUUUUUCAUCAGGUCUCGGUUAAAACCAUUUGUUAGAACUGACAGACCAGACUGGUUUAGUUGUAAAGAGAAUAAUUAAGAUCCAGCCAGAUCAGAGCUAUUUAGAUUAAUAUCGGCAAUGUUGGAGUGUCCCUUUCCAUUUGUAGGAACAGUAACCAAACGCGCAGAGGCUUUGCUCGGGUCGAUGUAGUUCCAUUGGGCAAGUGGAAUUUCCAACAUUUCAACCGGAAUUUUUGUUGUAUUGAAAGCGCCCAUUGGCUUAGAAUUACAGCGGUUAUGACACGCAACUAUCCUCAUUUUCCUACCAACUGUGUUAUUACAGCUCGGUCAGUUACCUACUGCGCAUGCGAAACACAUAUUAGAACUUACCAAGUUUAUGACAAAGUAGGACAAUAAAAAGGACUUCAGUCUAGUAACAUACAUCUGACAGUGAAUAACAUACAACCUCCUGACAUUUUUGUGAAGAGGACGUUUUUGUUUUAUUUGUGUAGUUAAUAAGAACUUCUCUUUUCUGCCGUUAGUACGGAUGGAGACCUGGUUUUGGAUUCUUGGAUGGGUUCUUUCCUUUCUUGCCAUCACUGGAAAUGGAUUUACAAUCUUCCUCGUCUGCAGCAGACGAAAUCUCCGCACCAAAACCAACGCGUUUAUUGUUUCACUUGCAGUGGCGGAUUUUUGUGUUGGUUUGAGCGUUGUUCCUUCUUUGUUCGCAUGCGACGUUACAAACACCUGCUACUGGCCUAAGGUUUUUCCUUCAUGGAAAGAUGUCGUAAGGUGGCUGUUUAGCUACUUGUCUGUUUUAAACUUGUGUUCUCUGGUGCUCGACCGUUAUAUCGCCAUCGUAAAGCCUUUUAAAUACAUAACUUUUAUGACUCGAUCUCGUGUUAUUCAAGUGAUAACUACCUGUUGGAUAGCGUCAUUUACGCUGGUUGCGUUCAAGACCGCACUUCGGCUUUGCUGCGAGACCCCUCUGACCAGUAUCGUUGCAGUUGUGGUUUUAAUGAUUUUCAUGGAAAUCGUUCCAUGCGUACUGCAAGUACUCUGUUUCGCGUCAAUGUUACUUCAUGUAUGGAAACAUGAUCGGUCAACACGCACCCUAGCAAAACAGUUACGUUUUAACCAUCGGGUAUCUUUUAAAACCCAUCACGAGAAGUCUGCAGUAAUAAUGAUGGGUAUUGUGAUAGGAGUGUUUGUUGUGUGCUACGGAAUAUAUUUGCGUUGUAGUCUAUUAGUAGUAUUCGACACAAAUGCAUCAUGCAAUGAUGAACAAUACAAAAUUCCUGUCUUGGUUUUAAACUCGGCCAUUAACCCACUGUCUUAUGCUUUUUUCAAAAGAGACAUAAAGAAAGAGUUUAAAAGGCUUAUCAGUCAGGUGGUUUUAUUUAGGCGGAAAAGUAACCAAGUAGAGCCUUCCACUUGAUUAUUUCUGAAGGACAUAGAUCUUAAUAUUAGUUGGCAGAACUGCCUUGUGUCAGGCAUCGCGGGCGGCAGUUUUGGGGCCGGCAAUUCCCUGGCGGUUUGUCUCAAAUCGUAGUUUGGAAGCACUGGUGUUUAAGGAGGGUACAAGAACCAAUACAAAGGACGAUAAGAAUACAAUCUAAUAGGGACCUUACUAUCCGAAAACAGAGACGCCAAUGAAAACGUCGCUGAAAAAUAGACUUCGCGUCCUUUUUCGCCCUCAUACCAAGUCGCUCAGUGAAUUGAAAGCACGGAACAUGUGUUAAGCUGGAACUAAAGAGAGGAGACCGCGCCCGAGUUCAGAGAGGGAUAGUAAAUAAAUUUAUCGCCUUGUCGUUCCAGUUCUUAAGCCCGUCAACUAAAAAAAUAUUGAAUAUUCCACGUUGUAGUUGUGUACGGACAGCGGAGAAAUGUACAAAAAAAUGUGAUGCACGUGCAGCCGGAGCUGUUGUUUUACUCACUGAAGCCUAUUGUGUUGUAUUUUCGUAAGGUUCCUAGCAGUAUAUGUCAGUUGCUCUUGAGACGGCGAUUCUGAGGUAUCAAGCCCACGUCAACAGUAGUGGUAGACGAAAUUUCUAAUUGAAUUUUUUGUUUCAAACCAAGGGAAAGUAUUUCUUUUUCCUGGCUUUAUUUUCCACAUUAAUUAUUGUAAUCAACUCUGUUCAGUAGUUUCCUAGAAUUUAAACAAGCAUGAAGUGAACGUUUUUCCCUUUGAUCCCUAUGGGGUGGCGAAAAGCCAUCUUUUUCUUCAAACAAGUUUUAAAGCUGUUUUGGCUUAAGUUUAGAGAACGUCAGUGGACGAUUUUGUAAUAAUUUGUAAUAUCCGUCUUGAUUUGCAGUACGUAGUAGCUGUUCUAAUUUGCAUUCAGAAGCGGAUCCUCAGUUACUUUCCUGUCAUGGUCAGGGGUCUCCGUACCAAUGAAAAUAAAGCUAAAUAAGUUGACUGAAAACAGGUAUUGCAAAAAGGAAACAUAAAUUCAAAUAACUAUUGCAAAGCGAUUUAUUUCUGUGUCCCACAUGAUGAAAAAGUGACGCUAAAGAUGUUGUCUUUACCAUGAUCUCCUACAUUAGCAUAAUUCGGAGAUAUCUUCGGAAAUUAAUUGCUAUGCUAUGAGACGAAACUGCAUUUCAAGACCUCAUCAUUUUCUUUAGAUAUGAGCCAGUUAUGCAUGUCGAUAGCAUAUUUAUUCAAUGUUUUUAUAGCCCUUGAAACUUUGUUUCAAAAUAUUUCCAAAACGCGCCAUUAUUUGUUCAAACUUUGCCAUGAUCGAGGCAACCAAGGGAGGUAUAUACAAGCUCCCUUAAGCGAUUUCUGAAAACACUCCAUGGGAGGAGUGAAAUUGUCCUUUUUCAUAGUUCAAAUCGGUAGUUCCUCGCAUUUUAACGAUUUCUAUCGUUGUUUGUUACUGGUUUAUCUUGAAUUUUCAAGAUUCCGCCGGCAAAUCAAGUUGAAUUUCAAGAUUUUGCCUUCAGAAUCACAGCCAAUUCGCGAUCGUCCACGUCUCCCUACUGUUGUAGCGACUCCAACUCUGUUAAACUGUUGUACUUGAGUAGCGACAUAAGAAGAAAUGUCCCUAUUGGCGAGGAGCAAGGAGAAACAGCUGUAUUCGCAGGCUAAACAAAGACUCAUAUCAAUAGAAGAUUCACUCGCGUAUUUCAUAUUCCUGAAGAGAACUGAAAAAAAAGAGCUCAUUUGAAAGCCAAUAAAUGGUAAAAUUUCGAAGCCCUACUUUCAUUUGACGACAUCAGUCCAGCCUCAAAAAGAUUUUUCUUGUUCUUCGGGAAUGAUGUUGCUUAUUUUGAAACACUUCACCACGCUUUCGAGAUAACCUCCUGUGUAACAUUUCAUUGCUACGGCAUCACAUUUCCAAUCAGGUAAUGAACCUCCGAGUGCUGACAAGAGAUGUCAAAAUAGACCAAUCAUAGCGGAGCUCCCGCGCGCUUCGCGCGCGCGUAGCGGAGCACCAUGGGUAACAAAAUUUGGUAAACUAUCCAUCUCAGAAAAUUUGGUUAUGACGUAGCGUACGUCCGUCCGUACGGACUUUCCGGGUAGUGGAAAGUAGUCCGCAUGGACUCUUGGGGUAGGGGAAAGUAGAGAUUUUUUGGCGGGAAAUCGCAUGGCGCAACGCGUUAACGUCGCGCAAUUAUAUCGCGCAACUGGUUUUGAAAAAAAGAAAGCAAGUAGAAAGAGUCAGAGCGAGAAGAAGGAGAGAAAAUUAUAGUGAAAAACGCCGGCAAGCAGAACGAGACAGAGCUAGAAUGAACAGACAAAGGCAACGCGAAAGAGAAAUACAAAGGCAAAGAGAACGGCAGCAAAAUAAUGACAUGAUGACAGAAAGUGUUGUGUUGAUGUCACUAUGGCCCCGCGCUAUUAACAUUUUGAUUUCAAACUGAUCUCGGACUCGAAAAUUCAGCCAGUCAUUUAAAAAUACAAGCAGGGAAGACAGAGGCUUUUCACUUUUCUCACCAUAGUCACGCGUUGAUCACGCUCUACCACCGUCCAAUUUUUAUGCUCUGAUUGAUCAAAAUUUGACAGGUGAGUUCAUGCAGAAACUGAUUUAUACAGCAUCUUCAACCUUGUUUACUUUCAGUUUGACAGCUGAAGCUGACAGAGUAUUUUGUCAACUUGUAAUGUUUUUUACUGUCUUUUUCCACUGGAUGCUUAAAAUGAAAUACAGCUGGUAUCAACAGUCUUCUUUGAUUCAUGGCUGGUUUGUUUAUUGAAUUUUUGGUCGGGAAAUGCGCCGGUUGCCAAAGUUGGAAAUCCGAUUUCGGAUGCAUCGCUUUCGUUUUUACCUUGCUGGAUGCGGUUUGAAAAGUCCCUCAAGCGAUUCUGUCCUUACUUUAUAGCUUUCAAGAUCUGCAUCUCGAAUGGUAAGCCUAAGUAAUUAUUGUAUACAGUGUAUGUUUGUUUUUUUAUAUCUAAUUCCAUGAAGUCGAGCGCAGCUAAUGAGGCUAAUUUAUGCACGUUUGUAUAAAGAUCUGAGACAAUGAUCUGAUCUAGUAUAUAUAAGCUUACAGAACUUUAAAAAGCCUUUAGUCGAUAUUUUCUCUCCGCAUAUAGAGCGGAAAAACGUUCCGAAGAGUAUUUAGUUAUAAUUUUGGCUGUAGAAAGAAAGCUUUGAGCGAUUUUCUUGCCUCGAGUUCAUCUUUGAAAACAGUAAACACCAGGAAGCCGGCUAAAAGCUUUAAGGAUUUUUAGAGACGCUUUAAUACUUGUCUCCGUGAAUGAAAAUUGUUGUCUCUGUAAAUGUUUCACCGAAUUACAUUUCUUUUAUUGAUUGUUAGUAGUCUCGUACAAUUUUAAUCGCUUUCCCGUUUGUUUUCAGUCGUUCAUAAACAACGCUUGCAGGAGUACUCAAAAUGCUGCUCGUAUCAAACGCUUUUUAAGAUUACACAUCGUUAUAAAACCAUUUAAUAAAAAAAUAAACACAAUAAAUUCUUUAUUAUGUUGAAGCGCGUAACUCUUUUAAUGUUCACUGAAAAUUUGGCGCUUGUCAAAAGUGAGAACCGGCUGGCCGUAUAGGUGAUUUUGGAAAUUUUUGGAACGGUUUUGCUAAAAGCCCACGCGUGCUUCGUACGGUUCUGAAGAUUGAAUGAGUGCAAUUUGUCUUGAAAAAUUGUGAAAUACUGCAUUUUGUGUGAGGUCUAUAUAAUAAAAACAACGCCUCAUAUUACUGUUUCAGAUGUGAUGUAUAAAAAGUAUGAAAUGUUGGUUUACACGCUCCCAGAGUUGUUGGCAAGAUUUUGUUCAGUAAACUUGUCGAACGCAAAAAAUUCGGCCUGAUUUGUUUUCCAAAAAUUCGUUUUCCAGGCCUAAUCUACAGUGAUCAAGAGCCAUUAUGGCUCUAAAAUGUGAUCGAAGAUAAUUGCUAUUUUUUGGGUGUAUAUAUACGGCUAUCAAUUCGAUGUAAGAUUUUUUUUUCACUCUAAAAUCACUUAGCCUUAGCUUUCCCUUAAAGUUAACUGAUUUGUGGAUUACAAGUUUAUUGUUUGCUUUAAAUUAUAAAUCUAUUAAUGGGAGCUUCGCUUUUAGCCCUGGCUAAAUCUAUAUAUUAGACCUAGGGUGUACCAGAAUCUGGUAUACCGGAACGAGCUUUUGUUAAAAGUACUUCAGGCGUUCCCUCACUCUCACCCGUAACCCACCCGCUCGUCUUUUUUCCCGGAUGUAUACAAAACACGGAUGCCGGGUCCAUGGAUCACCCCUGUGGUGGUCCAGGGUCCAGAGUCCAGAGUCCUUUCUCUGGUCCAGUCCGGAGUCCAGUCCAGGGCCACUCUACGGAGCGGUCCAACUAUGUCGUCCCUCAUGGGUGUUCCACCAUAAACACAUUUUCUCUUUCUUUUUCUACGAAAUUCUAAAAGGUGGCGCGGAAGGGUUGAUUUUGUUUUGGGGGAGGGAAAGAUAGCUAUAUCCUCUCUUUGGGAGGGUGAUUCCGGAGUAAUUAUUAUAUUAUUUUUAGUAAGUCCUAAGUUCAGAGUCUAGUGUCCCGUGUGCAGACCAGGGUGCAGUGCCCUCGGUGCCUGUACCUGAGCUUUCAUGAGAAGCUCUUCUUUUUCUUAACUUACCUAGAUUAGACGAAAGACGCAGUGAACUAUGGGUAAGCACCUUCAAAAAGAUUUCAAAAGGGGGCUACUCUAUAAACAUUUUCAGACCUAAGUCGAGGGUUUGUGUGCAUCAUCAAUUAGUCUAGGUAAUAGCAUGAUUUGUAGUGAUAUUUGGCAUAAACACCACGAGUGAUAUUUCAAAAUUGUUAUACCUAAUUUCACGAGCCGUUAGGCGAGUGAAAUUUGAGACAAUUUUGAAAUUUCAUUCGUGGUAUUUAUGCCUAAUAUCACGUAUAAAUCAUGCUAUUUUUCUUUUUAUACUACUACCCGCAAAAGGGUUGUAAUUUUCACAGGUAGGUAUUUCAAAUUAAGCUGAAAUACCACCGCUCUUAGCCAAUCAAAUUGUAGAAAUGUUUCAUGUAACAGUAUAAUACGAGCCGCUGAUACAGAGAACUAUAUUACGAUGCCCAAAUGUAGGACUGAAAGACUACUUCGUAUUUUCUUUCCAAGUACAAUCUUAACUUUAAAUAAUCGAGUCUGCAUAGAUGAUAUCAGUUGCAUGUAUGACAAUUUUCUUUUUUUACUGAUCUAGCCGGAGCUUUGAUAACGUUAUCGUCAAAUGGAGCUUUUGCGUUCAACAGUUUAAUUAUUUGACCAAAAACUGUCUCCAAAGUAGCCAUUAUAAAAACUAAGAGUGCAGCCAUUGCUUUUUUCUCUUCUCCUCCUUUCCUUCUCCUCGCGCUUUCUGCUUUUCUUUUUCUUCGUUACUAUAUAUGAUUUUGGAGCUUCUGACGGGCCGGAAACCUGCCUUUUGACACCUUUUCACUCAAAUGACUGCAAAUUUCGUUAGGUUGUUUUUAAAAAAAUCGGCGAGGUAUAUAUAUUAAAAAUCGUUUUGGAAUUGUUGGUAAUUCGAUUACAUAUCAUCGUCAUUAUUGUAAACCAGUCCCUUUUUUAUACGAUUUGCUUGUAAUCUUAUUUUUAAGAACGGCUUGUAACAACGUUGUACUGAUUCAUUAAUUUGCGAUGAUGUUGAGAUUGAACCUUGCUUACUUACUUAAUUGUUAAAUAAUGGUUACUUCUCGGCUUUCGAACGUCUGCCACGCGCAGGCUCCGUUUAGUCCACUGACUACCUUCUUUUUUCGACCCUCCCAUGUGCCUAGCUGAAUAUUUCUGGAUUCAACUCAAGCUACCACUUUUACCCUCUUUAUCUGUUAUCUUUUCCUCAAAUACUUCAAAGCAGGUUAUUUGACCGUCGGUUGUAUAUUUUGCAUGAACAACAAGUUCCGACACUUGACUGUCGGGGGUAAGGUUUGAGGAAUUGUAUUUCACAAUUGUACCUAUAGCUAAUUAUAAUGUUCUAUGAUAACAGCAACCGUCUGUACAUCCUGUCCUUCACAGUCAGCCUGCUAGGCAUGAUGGGACCAAUUACAACUUACAACAACUUUAUUUCAAAAUCCUUGUUACAAAAUAGAAUUAAAACACAACUCUCAAGUAGCAAAGGCUAUUCGUGGCGGGUUGUGUAAAUAAUAAAUAAAUAAAUAAAAAUAAUUAUUUAGAUUCCUUAAGAAAAAAAAAACAGUGGUAAGAAAAAUGAAGAUUAAUUAGGUAAGACAAUAGAGCACAAUCAUUACACGAAAAAGGAUAAAAGUUAACUGUUAAGUUUGCAUGCUUUACAUGAAGUAAAAUCAGAAACUAGAGAAGCCCGGCCAGUUGAAGUAACAGGUGGAGUGCCAGUCUCUAUAAAUUAAUUGGACUGACUUAUUUCGUCAGCGUUAUUUGUGAGGGUAUAACAAUAUUUAUGAAAAUAAGAAAAUGCCAAAUAACCAGAGAGCUUCUUUAAAAAAACUUUCUGUUUUUUUUUUGGCAUUUUCUUAUUUUUCAAUUCUGUUAUUAUAUUACCUGCUUUAUUUUUUUGUUUCUCACAUUUCAAACUUUCUUUCUUCUAUUACUUUUUGUUUGUUUUGUUUUGUUUUUUUUUUGUUUUUAUCUAUUUUGUUGUUUUCUUUAGAAAGUCUCAGUCAAUCACAAGAAGUGGGUAAAAAAUAAUAAAAUGUAACGAAAAAUGAAUUAAUAGGUAUUAUUCAAACAAGAAUGGCGUCGACGUAGCCAGGAGAUAAAUCUGUUCAUUCUUUUCCCCUGGAAAGAUAAAGUAUUUAACCAAAGUAGAUUGUUUUCGACAAAAAAUACGCAGUUAAAUUGUUAAAACGCUAUCUUCAAGAACGACGAAGAGUUCCCUACGCUGAAUAGAUACUUUUAAAACCUUUUUGGCCCGAGAAAACAGCGUUUUAAUUUCCAAAAGCCUGUCAUUUUUAGUCACGAAGUCUUUGCAAAGAGGCAGAAAGGCCAUGACAUGGAGCUACUUGGAGAUAAUAGGGAGUUUAAGAUCUAACGACGCGGACAACAACUAGAACGUCAAAAAAACAAUAGUUUUAAUUAGCAAAACAACAACUUCACACGUGCAACACACUUUUUGGUACAUUUCUUUCCCGUUUUUGCACGACUACGACGUGAAAAUGCCUAAUUUUGCGUUUUAGGGAGGACGUAAAUAAGUAACGACGAAAUUUUAUUUCUCUUUCUGAGCUUGAAUAUGGUCCCUUGAAAUUCAGCUUUAGGAGGGUUCGCCUACAAUUGACAAAGUACGUGGGUAGGAAUAAUCACUAUAAAGACUGAAAAAACUCAAAUUCACUUUUUAAGCGACGUACUUGUCGCCGUCGCACCGUUGGAUCUUAAAGUCCCUAAUUAUUAAGUAAGAGACACACAACUGAGAGCAUGCGCACAAUACGUCGCGUCAAUCGAAAACAAAACCCCAUUUACACUAGCAAGUUACAAUUUGUGAAUAAAAACAGUCGCUUGUGUAUCUGAAUACGAUUUAAAAGACCAUAUAUAAUUACGUUCUUUUGCGAUGCUCGCGGAAAGGUAAAAAAUCCUAACCUAACAUAACUUUAAAUAAAACCUAAUCCUAACCUAAAAAUCCUAAACCCAGUGUCAUCCACUCACUAAUUAAUAAGUGCACAAAGUGCUCGACAAUUCCCCGGUUUUCAUAUAACUUGAUCUACUGAAACCCUGUUAGGCCAAUUAAAUUUUGAGGGGUAACUAUAAUAAUUUUUGAGCCAACUCACCAAAGUCUGUGUUUUUUUCCCUCGAGUUCGUUGACGGUUGUUCGCGAGGGAGAGCCGAUGCUCGGAAGAAACAGUGGUCGACUGGUAAUUUCCAUCUCAUCUUUUGGUUCGUCACUUCCUCUCUCGUGUUCCUCUUUACCUUUCUUUGGCGAAGAUUCAAAAGGCUUGUCGCAAGAGGUGAUGUUAACUCUCGCUGUUUUAGUGAACGUGGUAGCAAGGAAGAUUGAGUGUUCAGGAAGUAGCCGAGAACAUGUGUAAAAUAAUUAAAAUUAUUUUAUGCAUGUGUUCGGCCACUUCCUUUCACAGCUGCAGGUAUUUUUCCCACUCAGGUGCACAAAUGACAAGCUGCUGCAGGUGGUUACCCGGUCUUGAGGGCACUUCAAUGUGGAGAGCUGAUAAUUGAGGAAAGCCAGGAACUUAAAGGAUAGCCUGACCAACUGGUGGUGUUAUUAUCGAACAGCAGGAACUCGAUCGGGUUUAGGUCACGGAAGGAAGCUUGGCUCAGGAUGUAUAAGCUGUUUGGGGACAGAUGAUGUUCCGUCUGACAGACUGGAUAACAUUCUGCGCUACCAGAGUUGUUCGGGAAUCCAUUUCCGUUUCAUUCACCAUGUUCACAGGUGCAAGAAUUUUGUUGGCGUCUGAUACAGGUACUAUGACUGCUUCCGAAGAUGGUUUUGAUGACACGAGGACUCCCUGUCACGCUAUAAUAGGGAGCUUAAGCAACCACGACGGGAACGGGAACGGGAACGGGUAAAAAGGCAUCAGUUUAGAUUAGCAAAACAACAACUUUGCAUCACGUGCAUCACGCUUUUUUUUUUCUUACAUUUCUUUGCCGUGAAUGCGUACGCACGACUACAACGUGACAGUGCCUAAUUUUACGGGAACACAAGACAACAACUUUGUUUUUCUUUUCCUGAACUUUGAUAGAGUCCUUCAGAAUUCAACUCCAAAAUAUUUGCCCACAUAUGACAAAUUAAAAGAGAUGCAAUAAACGCGAUAAAGUUUGAGGCAGCGCGAAUUCACUUUUUAAAUGACUCCGUAGCAGUCGCCGUCGUUGUUGCUAAGCUUCCUAAUGGUGAGACAGCAGUACAAUCGUGUUUUCCUGCGCUGUUGUUACUUCAUUAGUGUCGAGCUCUGUGAUGGUCGCUCCUCCAGACGAUGGCCCUGCCACUGGAAGUACUUUAUACAGCAGUUCAUCAGUAAUAAUAUACACUAGGGAGCUAGCUGCAUGAUUCAGACUUUCGCCUAGGCUGUAGACCAAAUCGAGUUACUGUUCUACCCGAUCAAGUUUUUGUUGUUUCUGCCGAAGUUCCUGGGCUCUCUGAUCAAGCCCCUUUAACAGGGAAGUGCACGAAGUGCACUUAGCCUUCAGCUUGAGGUUUUUUCCUUUCAAAUCGUUUAAAAAAGGCUCAAGCGAAAAGCUCACUGCACUUCACUGUUUACUGAAUAAACAGGGCAGUACAGUGAGCCUUCAGCUUGAGGUUUUUUCCUUUCACAUCGUUUUAAAAAGCUCGAACAAGCUGAAAGCUCAUUGCACUUCACUGUUUAUUGAAUAAACAGAGCAGUACAGUGAGCCUUCAGCUUGAGUUUUUUUUUUUUCCUUCACACCGUUUAAAAAGGCUCAAGCUGAAAGCCCAUUGCACUUCAUUGUUUAUUGAAUAAACAGUGAAGUGCAAUGAGCCUUCAGCACACCGUUUAAAAGCUUGCACUUCAUUGUUUUUUUCCUUUUUUUUUCAUCGCUUAAUUCCCUAACAGCGUUCUUAUGCCUCCGUUUGAUGUCUUCUUGCGAUUCUUUUAGCCGCUAUAACUCUUUUCUCAAAUUAUUUUCUUUUAAUUUUCCCGAUCUUUCCAGAUCGGUGAGGUUCUUUUGAGUUUUUAACAAAUCUUUUCUCGGAAGUGAUUAUCUUCUUUCAACUACUGUCGAUCUGAUCGCAGGUUAUUAAUCACUACACCUUUUAAUAUGCUCGCAGCUGUAUACAUACAUCUCUACCAUCCUUAGUCGACGGAGAAUCUUUUCUGCAAUGCACAAAAACAAUCAUUUUUAGAUACAAAUCACUGAUUCUGUAUAAUCUCUCCGUAAGUUUCAGUUUCGUUUUUCUUUUUCCAAAAGUGAAGUUUUUAGCUAAAGAGUGAUGUCAUAGAGAAUUGACCAUAAGUUAUUUGCGCGCGCAAAGGCUUGUCUAGAGCUGCGAUACUUAUGGUCAGACAGAGCAUCCGUUGGUUUGUUAAGCUAUUGUGAUGUAGGAUCUAGGUGUUAGGUCAGUAUAUCGUUCAGUCACUUUUAAAAUGUUUUGUAUACAAUGAUUGUUAAUCGCAGAAGCCUGCGAGCAAGCUUUUCACAGCGAACGAGUCCGUGAUACACGCGAGAGAACUUGCGAGUGAGUCAACAAUUCUUUGCGCGCUAGCGCGUUGCUUCUUUCAAUAUUCUCCACAGUCUACACCAGUACGAGCCAAUUACUAUCGCCUCCUGACACCAAAAUAUUUCCAGCAUUUUACCAGAACGGUAAAAAAGGCCAAAAUUUUGUUCGUCAGACGUUAUGGCUUAAAAAACGAUGCGUAAAAAAAAAAGCGGUAAUUAACGAUGUAUUUCUCAUUAUUGCUUAUUUCUUUACACAGUUUUUGUGUUAUGUAAACUAGGGCUUCAAAGACCACUGCAAAAACCGUGAACGAUCAAUGUAACGUUGGAUCAAACAAGAACGUGAUCAGUCGAAAAAGAUAAAAAUAUAAUUAAGGUCAAAAAGACUACUGCAGGCAAAGACUGAUCAAAAAACGUGAAAAAGGCUGAGGUAUAUAAACCACGAAUAUACAGAAUAAAUACUACUGUAAAGUAAUAAACAGAAGUUACAUGAUAUGACUUGGUAAGGUGUGGCUGCUAAGAAAAAUAGAUAAAGAUUACGUAAUGAUUAUAAUUCGUCACGUUUAUUCAUUCCCAGAGGCUUGAUGGAUAUGGCUGUAUGAGUGAGGUGCGCCUCACUUGUUUCCUAAGACAAUCGCGUUCAUGUCUAAGUGUUUCAAUACUAGGGAUAAGUAACAUAUGGGAAACAGAAUGGCUAUUGCUAAGAAAGUGUUCUGAAACUGCGGUUUGGAUGUAACUACCGGAGGGGUAAAGUAUAGGGCUUCUAUAUCUAAAAACGGUCCUUGAGGUGGCGUUUGGUUUCCCCAAAAUAUUGCAAAUUUUAUACAAAGGUGGUAUUGAAUCAUGUAGAUUACAUUGAAAAUAUUGCAAGUAAUGUGAGAUUUGAUUUUGCAGGUUUCACCUGCAGAGUAGAAAGUAUAAUUGUCACGGCCGUGCAUGGUCAAUAUAGGCGCAUGUGGUGCAGUUCCUGCUGUUGCACCGAAAAGAACCGGGAGUGGCCCGGGCAUUGUUACAAUUAUCAGUCUCUGGCAAUUGGACUCUAACAAGAAUAUCGCUUAAAUUGUCAGAAUGGCAGUAAGAUACUAUUAGAAGGUUUUUAAAAACAUUUCUACAACGUUCUGAGGAGUAGAGGACGUGGGAAUGUUUGUGAAUAAUGUGCGCGACAUUCAGGUGGCAAUGUAGGGUUAUAUUUAUUAACAAAACGGAGUGGUUUCAGUCUGCGUAGGUUUGUGUUUAAGUGCGUCAGCACGAGGAACGUCUGAGGCACGCUGUAUUUGUGUCGUGAGAAAGGCUUUGUCGUAACCACGAUUGGCAAGGUAGUUAGUACGCUGUUUGUAACCCUCCUUGCUGGAAAAGAUGCGGCGAAGGCGAAGUGCAAGGCUGUAAUGAAUAGAGCGUUUAGUGUGAUGAGGAUGACAAGAUGAAAUGACAAGAUACUGGUGUUUGUCAGUAGGUUUAGAAUUCAUAGGUCAGUUUCCAUGAAGCCAUCCUUGACUGAAACCAUGACAUCAAGGAAAGGGAUAUUGUUAAACGAGUGUGAGCAUGUAAAUUUUAUGGUGGAGUUUAAGUUGUUAAGCGUUAAGAUAAUCGACAAAUAGCUACAGUUUCUCUAGACCUUCAGUCCAGAUCAUGAAGAUAUCUACGAUGAAUCAGAGCCAUAAUAAUAGUUGAUAGGGAGCGCGAAGAAGAGCGUCGUGUUCGAAUUUUCCAAGAAAUAAGUUGGCGUACGACCGAGCGAUUCUAGUGCCCAUAGCUGUGCCGAGGUUUUGAAGAUAAUGCAUGCUGAGAAUUAAGAGUAAAUUUGUUCAUGGUGAGGGUAACACAAAUGAGGUCGCAAAUGGCUUCUGUAGAAAAAGGUGUUUAUUAGCUCUAUCAAUUUAAGCGAUAUAUUUUUGUUAGAGCUCAAUUGCCAGAGACUGAUAAUAUCAACAAUGCCCGAGCCACUCUCCCGGUUCUUUUCGGUGCAACAGCAGGAACUGCACCACAUGGCCCUAUAUUAACCACCGCCGUGACAAUUAUACUUUUACUACUCUACGGGUGAAACCUACGAAACCAAAUCUCACAUUCCUUGUAAUCUUUUCAACAUGUUCAAUGUUAUCUGCAUGAUUCAAUGCCGCCUUUGUAAUUUGCAAUAUAUUGGGGAAACUAAACGCCGCCUCCAGGACUGUUUUAAUGAACAUAGACUUCCUAUACUUAACCGGCCUUCGGUAGUCGCAUCCAAACCGCAGUUUCAGAACACUCUCUCAGCAAUAGCCAUUUAGAUCUGAACACGAUUGUCUGAGGAAAGCAAGUGAGGCGCACCCCAUUCAUAAAGCCAAAACCAUCGAGCCUCUGGGAAUGAACAAACGUGACGAAUUUUAAUCAUUCUUUAUCUAUUUUUCUUAGCAGCCACACCUUACCACGUCAUACCAUAUAAUUUCCGUUUAUUAUUUUACAGUAGCAUAUAUUCUGUAUAUUCGUGGUUUUCCGUAAUAAAAAGGAUGAAGCCUGGUAGUGGCCACUCGAAAUGUUGUAUACCUUAUGAGGCUACGGAGGAAGCUUAAGGUGGCUCCCUAGAGUAUUUACUAAUAACCCCAGCUAUCUAGCAUACGAUACGGAAGGAAAUCCAGUUACUUUGUCUUUGCGAUUUGGUUCACGAAAUUCACCGCUAACUUUACCCUUGUAAAAAGGCUCCUUUAUCAAGUUUUAUUUUCUGGAUUAAGGCUGUUGCCAUGGCAUCAUCGCAUCCCUAAACAGGCAGUUAUUUCGUCAUUUUUGAUCAUUUUUUCUUACGGUUUCGCCAAUAUUUUGAAAUUUGUAACUUUUCUUAAUAGAGGAGUUUAGCUCUUACAGAUUUUAACAAGAAAAGGACAGUACAAAGGAACUGCAACUGUUAAGAAAUGAGGCGAUUUUUAAUCUGGGGUGGGUACUCAAUCAUCAUGCAUUACCUCUUCCUCUCUAGUCUCCUACGCAGCCGUUUUUGUAUCGAUCUUGACUUCACGCAACGAGACGAAAAUAAAAGCUGCGUAAGUGAAUACUUCCUCUAUACUUCUCCUCAUGCCUCCUUUAAAUAAUUUCUCUUUCCAGACUAAACUGAACCGCACGAAUCGAAUGGAAUUCAUAAAAAUAUUGAGCACGUGUAUAAUAUGAAGAUCGGAGCAUUUAAUCCUGAGAAUAUAAAUUGACAAAAUUUCGUCCAUUUUCGUUAGGACCUCUGGUAAAAAUUUAUUUUUCAAAAAUUAGGUGUGGUCCACGGGGUUAACUCAUUGACUGGGUCCACAAACAGGCCCAUGGACUAGGUCCACAGAGGUAGUCCUUGCAUGACUUUGUACACCUUAUUACAUGAAAUUUUCGCGACACGCUAAUUUCUAGAAGUUCGCGAUACAAAAAAAAUCGCGAAAUAAAGUGACGCGAACUAUGAGUGUCGCGAACAUAACAUGACGCGAAAAUUAAGUGACUGUAAGUGCUGUAAACGUAUGCGGCUUAGUACUGGAUCGUUUUACUGCCAUCAUCCAUCCUCUAAGAUACAUUACUUUGAUGACUCGCCCUCGAAUUAUUCAAGUUAUUUCCUUCUCUUGGGUUCUACCAGUUAGUUUUAAUGUGCUAAAAGUUAUCCUUUAUACGUUUUAUUUCAAAACAUUACCUGUCCCUUUUAUUUGGCUGAGUAUUAUUUUCUUCGAGUUCCUAGCAAGUGUUGUCUUAAUGCUCUUCUUUGUAUCAAUGAUAUUUCACGUACGCAGGCAUGGUCGGUUAGCACGCAUCGUAGCAGAGCAGUUACGUUUUAACCAUCAGAUGUCGUUUAAAAUCCAUCACGAGAGGUCUGCAGUAAUAAUGAUGGGUCUUGUGAUAGGAGUGUUUCUUGUUUGCUAUGGGAUGUAUCUGCGUUGCAGUUUUACAAUACUAUUCCACACCACCUCAUGUAAAGAUGAAAACUACAAAAUUCCUUUCUUGGUUUUAAACUCAGCCAUUAACCCUCUGGUUUAUACCUUUUUCAAAAGAGACAUAAAGAAAGAGUUUAAAAGACUUCUUGGACCUGUGUUUUAAUUAAAAGAAAAUAUUAGUAAUGUUAACGAAAGCCUACCACUUUACGAGCGUACGCGUAACUCGUUGUUGUAGGAUGUAGGUCUUUUAAGACGGUGAAAGGCUUGAGAAGAGACUGAUAAAUCUGUGAAUCUUGGACUGAAAGCGAAUUGAAAUUUGGAAAAAUGGCGUAUGAGGAGAGAAAACAAGAACAUUUGUACGCUAAGAGAAUUUAAAAUACUAGAGAAAGGACUGAGGAUCAAGAUUCACACAGUAGCGGGAGGCGAAAGUCAUAUCACAUGGAACUUUUUAGUAUCACAUUGUAAGAGAAUAAUUCAAUUUAUGUCCACAUCCUGCUAGCAAAGCCUUUGUUUUGGCGCACUGUUAAAAAAGAAAUACUCUGCAUGAAUCGAGUAAGAUCAUUCUUGAGGGUCUCUGAUAGGUUUUUUGGGAUCCGGGAUUUCCCUUAUUUGCUCGGGAUUGGGGAUUUUAAAGCAAAAUCGGACAAGAUUCGGGAUGGAAAGUAUGCGUGAGAGUUAGAAUGCCGAAAAUAACCCUCGGCUACGGGAUUACACGAAAUUUUGGGUCGGGAUGACAGGAUUGAAGAACCCUACAGUGGGGACCCUCAUGGUUGAGGGUCCCCACACAUGUUCAAUACUCUCGAUUAGAUUCCAGUGGGCAAAGCCUGGAGUCCAAUGGAGUCUGUUCGAAAAAUGAAACCGGAAGUACAGUCGAGUCCACUUGAAUUACCGGAAGUCUAGCCAUAAGAUGAAACUAGCAGUGUAAACAAUACUUUGAGGAGGGUUGGAAAGUCGUCCGAUGGAGUCCAUCGUCUGCAUAUGUAACACAUCGCAUUCGUUAAGUCCUCAGUCGAGACUGGCACGCUUAACAUGCAACAUAUGAGUCGGAAAGUCGAAACAAACACGCUAUACAUGUGAGAUUACUGCUCGUUCUUAAAGCGAUGAGCCGAAACAAGCACGCUACAAGUCGUUUAUUAAGAGGCAAUUUUACCUUCUCGCUUCUUUUUGCAUAACAGAAACGAAAAAAGCUUCUUCUAAUAAAAGCUGCUUUAACUCUUGUUGUAAUUUGUAACACCCGUCUCAGUUUCUAAUAAAGAACGGUCCAAUUAAGAAUACAGUGACAGCGCAAUUAUUUACUGAACCAAGUUAACAAUAAAUUGCAGUAAAACAUGAAGCUGGACUUUGUCCCGUUUGGUUGACUGAUAUUUUUGCGCUAUUGCCACAUGACGUUCCCCAAUUUCUCUACCUCUUGCUAGCGUAGGAAUUCGUCAAGUUAAUAAUUGGAACCCUGAUAUUUAUGCAAAAUGUUAAGUUUUCAAGUAUAUAAUCUCGACGUGCGCGUCUAGUGUACGCAGCGCGAAAACUGGGCGUGGUCUCAGUGUUGCAAUCUCGGUUGCUCUAUAUUUCUUACUAUAUACCUGACAUCAUGCAGUUGACGUCACGAAGCAAUUUGUGUUUCCAGGCAACAUCAGGCGCAUUAUUAUGUUUUAUUCAUGAAAUGCUGAUUCUGCGACGGUUUAUUCAAUCACGAACAAUUUCUCAUGCAAAUGACACACGAAAGCAAGCAUAACAACGUUAGCUGGAUUCACCAAGUGGCACCGAGUUCACUCAUGCAUGUACACGAAUAACUAUAAUUGAACACUUGCAGAAAUUAUUUGGUACUUUUUACAGGGAUUCAGUGCUAUUGAAGGCAGGCAUAUUCAAUAAUCAUAAGUCAUAAGUCAUGAGUUAUGAGUGUAAUUUCCUCUUCGAGUUCCUUCCAUGUGUGCUGUUAAUACUCUGCUUUGUAUCAAUGAUAUUUUUGACGCACGCGGGCAUGAUCAGCCAGCACGCACCUUGGCAAAACAGUUACGCUUUAACCAUCAGGUGUUUUCAUGUUGCAUCUCACAUAAACAGGGGCGUAACCAGGAUUUUUUCGGGGUACGCAGUAAUUCUCCAAAUGCCCUUAUCCCCAACCCCUGCUCAAUGUUCCAAAAGGUGAGAUUAUUGUAAGUCGAAGCGUUCUUACUGUAUACAGCUGUUUCGAGAAAGGUUGUCGGAAGAAAUGCGCACGUGACAAUCCCGAAAGGUAAUAUGGGAUAUGAUCAAUACACUGUUCGUAACGACUGAAGCUGUCAAACCUGCUUUUGUUGCUUUCCUUUAAUACUCGCAAACAUAUGUCCGUGGCCUCCCGUACCAUUCUUUCAAAUUUCUUUGAAGAACAUUGCCCUCAAAGCCACCCAAAAUACCUUUCGGGAUUGUCGUGUGCACUUCCGACAACCGUUGUCGAAAUAGCUGUAUGAAAUGACGUGACUGUGUAAACUGAAAAAAAUCUUUAUCGUCUUUUUGUAAUCAUGGACUGAAGCACGUCAAUCGCUUUUGCUAACUUAAGGCUUAAAAUAUAUCAUUUAUAUUUAUUAAAUAUUUGGUCCACCAAAGGAAGCCGACAUUGGAGAGUAAUUAAAACUAAAAGUUAAACAAUCCGUUGUUAAAUAUUGAUCCAAACUGUGAAUAAUUAUAUUUUACCUAUCUUAUAUCCUUUGCUUUUUUUUCAUUAUUCGCUUUCGUAUCUUAUUUUAUUAUUAAUUUUUCCACCCUCGACUUUUUCAGGUACGCACGUACGUACCUUGCGUGCGUACAGGUAGCUACGCUUGCUACGCUCCUGAGAAAUGUAUACUUUUUAAUUUUUGAUAUGCGAUUUUACCUUCUCGCUUCUAAUUAGAUAACGGAAAUGAAAAAAAAAAUCUUUUAACAAUUUUUUCCCCAACUUUUGCCGUAAUUUGUAACACCUGUCGCAGCUUCUAAUAAAGAACUGUCGCAAUUAGGAAUACAUUAACGUAGCAAUAUUAAGCGAGCCAAAUUAACAAUGAAUUGAGAUAGGAGGUAACACACGUGACUGACGUUUUCUAUCGUUUAAUUGAAAGAUGUCUUUGCACUAUUGCCAUGUAACAGUCCACAUUUUCUCUCUUCCUACCGUUUAUUAAAAAAACCGAUAAUUACAAAUAAAAUACGACAGCAUGGCUAAUUACAAAUAGCGCAAAAAAUAUUGGAAGCAGGAAGUUAUAAUACAGUGCAGUUAUUAAAAUAAGGACGAUUUAAAGAACUAAUAGAAACACGCAUCGUAAAUGAUGUUAUGGGCGCCCACUCUUAAAUAAAACCUUUUGUCUAAUGAACGCCCCUCUUAAGAUGUCAAGCAGUUUGUAUUAGACGCCCCUCGCUAAUAACGCCCCCUGUCUAAUAGACACCCCCCCCCCCCGCAAUUACUCUGAAACGCUAGGAAACGGCAAAAAGGAGUAAAAUCAUUCAAUUUGCCGGUUCAGUUUCUUGCUUAACAAUGUAUCUUGUUCAAUGGCAAGCUCAAAAUAAGGAUAAACUAAUAAUGACAACAUAUAAUGAUCCGAAACAUUCUAACAUCGAUCAAAGUCGGAGAUUUGGAAGAGGGAUAUGGAUCUCUUGAAGUCGUUUCAGACGUAUCAAUAGAUGGAGGGACCAGACAUUCUGCUAUUUACAGUUAACUCUCUUGAUACUGAAUUUUCGCCCAAAACAUACUAGUUUAACUGAGCUUCAAACGCUUUCCUCUUUUAAAAUCCCUCCCUCUAUUAAACGCUCCCUCUUGGCCAUUGGACCCCUAAAAUUAAAUAAACGCCGCGGGUGUCUAUAAAAUCAUUUACGGGUAUUAGCAAAUAUGACCCUCAAAUUCAUGCAAAGAUGUAAAUUAUAAUACUCAAUUUUUUAGUUAAUCAGUAUAGUUGACAAGAACUUCCUUUAACAGUUAAGAUGGAGACCUGGUUUUGGAUUCUUGGUUGGUUUCUUUCAUUUCAAACCAUCAUUAGAAAUGGAUUUACAAUCUUCCUCGUUUGCAGCAGACGAAAUCUCCGCACCGAAACCAACGCAUUUAUUGUUUCACUUGCGGUAGCGGAUUUCUGUGUCGGUUUGAGCGUUAUUCCUUCUCUGUUCUUCUGCGACAUUACAAACACCUGCUACUGGUCUCAACAUUUGCUAUCUUGGUCAUCUUGGGUGAAUAUUAUAAGGUGGUUGCUUAGUAACAAGUCUGUUGUAAACUUAUGCGUCUUAGUACUGGAUCGUUUUAUUGCCAUCGUUCAUCCUCUGAAAUACAUUAAUUUCAGACUCGCUGUCGAAUUAUCCCAAUUAUUUUCUUCUCUUGGGUUAUACCAGUUAGUUUUACGCGCUAAAGAUUACCCUUUCUUUGUUUUAUUUCAAAACAAUACCUGUCCCUGUGUCACUUAUUUGGCUGA